AUGCCAUGUGGAUUUGAGAAGGCCUACGAGAUUGUGACGUGCUACAAGUUUCAGUUCUCCCUGUUCUUCCUCGCCGACAUGAACGACCUCAACCGUUGCUUCCAGAAGCGUGCUCUGUCUACCGAGAUUUCCAAGACCAUUGAUUCCACCACCGCCGAUCUGAUGGAGAGCUACUUUGAAAACGACAAGCUAUUCGGUGGUGAGAGCAAGAGCUGGCUGGUCGGCUUUAUAGAGCUGCACGAGCAAGGUGGAGGGAAGAAGUAUGACAUCGAGUGGCCGGAAGCACUGGAGGUCGGAAGGUCUAUGAGGAGGAGGUGCCCUGCGAAGAGCGCGAAGCUGGCUGUGGCAGAGCAUGACAGGAAUGGGAAAAUGAAGGAGGGUGAGGACGACGCUGGAACUGCCGGGCAAAACGAGGAGGAGGAGGAGGAGGAGGAGGAGGAGGAGGAGGAGGAGGAGGAGGAGGAGGAGGAGGAGGAGGAGGAGGAGGAGGAGGAGGAGGAUGUGGAACAGGACCUAGGCGACGAUCAGAAGCUCGUGGGGGAGGAGGAGGGGGAGAAUACCCCUUUCCUCUCGGACGAUGAGGAUGUAGAUGAGGUGUACCAUAUUGACAUGUCCGUGCACUAG